GGCUGACAUGUGAACGUAGGAAAGAAUGUUGCGGAAAAAACAUCGUGUUCUCUUUUUGAUUGGCAGUAUAUGGAUCUGUGGGAUCAUAUAUUUUAUUGCUAAAGAUGGAAGUGAGAAGGAAGAUGAAGAAGAAAUACGAUACCACCGACUAGUAAUGCCGGCAGAGAUAGAGGAUGAUGAAAUUAUCCCACCAAAGAAAGAAAUAGCUACACCAACAAUGAAACAUCCACCAAAUGAUGUGAACUUACACAUUGAACCCAUUGAUCCAAACAGAAAACUGCCUGAACUUAAUAAGGAGUUUGGCAAAGGUAACCAUGGUGUUAACAUGGAUAUCAAAAAGCCGGAACCAAAGAAGCCAGAGGGUGAGAAAGGCAACCCUGCUUGGCUGUAUGAUGACCCUGAUGACAUUCCGUGGCAAGAGUUCGAGGAGAGUGUGUACAUCAGCAAGAACCCCCUCCAGCCUGGAGAAGAUAACUACAGCAGGAACAAGUUCAAUCAGGAGGCAAGCGACCGAACCAAGGCCAACAGAGAUGUGCCUGACACCAGAAAUGGAUUAUGUAAGCGUCAGGGAUAUUCAGGAGAUCUUCCAACCACGUCAGUUAUCAUUACAUUCCACAAUGAAGCCCGGUCAGCCCUCUUGAGAACUGUGGUCAGUGUUUUUCGAAAGAGUCCCUCACAUCUCAUCACCGAGAUUAUCCUUGUUGACGACUUCAGCAGUGAUCCCUCUGACGGUGUUGACCUGGCUCGUAUGAAGAAGGUGAAGCUGAUUCGUAACCACCAACGUGAGGGGCUAAUGAGGUCACGUGUGAAGGGUGCGGAUGCCGCUCAGGCCCCUGUGCUCACCUUUUUGGACAGUCACUGCGAGUGUAACUCACACUGGCUAGAACCCCUCCUAUACGAGAUCAAACAGGACAAGAGACGAGUGGUGAGCCCAAUCAUAGAUGUUAUCAACAUGGACACAUUCGAGUAUAUAGGAGCCUCGGCUGACCUUAAAGGAGGUUUUGACUGGAACCUGGUGUUUAAGUGGGACUACAUGACAGCUGAGGAGAGAAACAAGAGGAUAAACAACCCAAUAGAACCCAUCAGGACCCCCAUGAUAGCAGGUGGCCUGUUUGCAAUAGAGAAGAGCUGGUUUGACGAGCUAGGGAAAUAUGAUAUGGCCAUGGAUGUGUGGGGAGGGGAAAACCUAGAGAUCUCUUUUCGUGUGUGGCAGUGUCAUGGGACCCUGGAGAUCAUCCCAUGUAGCCGGGUUGGGCAUGUGUUCCGUAAACAACAUCCCUACAGCUUCCCAGGGGGCAGUGGCAAUGUGUUUGCAAAGAACACCCGGCGAGCGGCCGAGGUCUGGAUGGACGACUACAAGGAGUUCUAUUAUGCUGCUGUGCCAUCUGCAAAGGUCGUCAACUUUGGAGACAUAACAGAACGACUUGCGUUGAAAAAGAGGCUCCAGUGUAAGCCCUUCAGUUGGUACCUGCAGAAUGUCUACCCGGAACUCAAACAGACCCUAGACCAACUUGGUGGUGAGGUGAAUGAUAAUGACAUAGAAAUCAGACAAACCAGGGUGCCGAAGAAGGAUGACCAGGCAUUUGGUAGCAUCCUGCAGGGUGUUAUGUGUAUUGACACAAUGGGCAACUUUGCUGAUGGCAUCCUCGGCCUCUUCCAAUGCCACAACUCCGGCGGAAACCAGGAGUUUACAAUGACAUCUAAUGGGAACAUCCGUCACCUUGACCUUUGUCUCACCUUGAGCAACGAAGAUCCUGGAGCGGUCAUUAAACUGUACCAGUGUACUCCAGAUAAUGCACUCCAGCUAUGGGACCGAGUGGAGGACAGUUCGAUGCUGCGCAGCAAAUACUACAGCGUGUGUAUCGACAGUGGAGACGUCCAAAGGAAGGGCCUUGUGGCCAACUCAUGUGACCAUCUCUCCCCGAGCCAGAAAUGGAGGUUCUCCGUAUCAUCCUGAUCCCACCACACAGCACACUAUAGUCUUCAUAAUGAAACCUCGCUGAGCAAUAUGCUCGAUGCUAGUAGAUUGCUCAUAGGAUGUUCAUUUAGGGGUAUAUAUACCUUUAAGAAAGCUUAUGAGGUGGCGGAGUUCUAUAAUUUGAUAAAAAAUGUAGGCAUAUUUGGUGUAUCAAAGAAAUUUAUUUAUUUUCAAUUAUGGAGACGUAUUUGAAUUAUUUUGUAAUAUGAUUUUCAAAAAAACUCUUAAAAGAGUAAUAUGAGGAAGCUUUAAUGUUGAAUUUUACAGUAUUUCCAGCUUUUUGGAGAUUUCCAUUUUUAUGAUUUCUUUUUGUUACAAGAUACAUUAGAGAAUAUUCUGAAUUAUUCACAGUUGCCAACUCCCCUUAGGUUCAGGCCUUGGAUCUCAAACUGUCCUCUCAAUUUAAACUUAUAUCAGGUAUUAAGCUUACAAACUGUUUGCCAAAGUCUCUUACACCCAUUGCAGUAACUUAGAUGCUGAUGCUUUAUAGUGUUUAUAGUUUUGCUAAACAGGAAUUGUAUUUGUUACGUUUGUUAAUAUGUAUUUUACAUUGUAGUUUGUUAUAGAAGUCUGGUGCUCACCUGCAGUGAACUAACAUUCCAUAUUUUCUGCUUUAUAUAUAGUUAUCGUUUGUUUCUGGUUAUAGAGAUGGACCUUGUCUCAACUGAUUGUUUUGCAUCUGUUUUUGAGAAUACUUUCAAUGUUGUUUCAUGAAUUUUAUUUAUACAAUCAAAGUACUGAUAUCCAAUAUAAAUAAAACUGUCUUAAAAAUAUUUUUAAAUCAAACAUUUUAUUUUAAUUACUUAUCUUUUUCUCUCAGGAAAUAGCAGAAUGUUUCAAAUAUUUUAAGAUAGUUAUCUUGUUCAUACUUGAAUCGGUAAAUAUUAACACGGAACGUAAAGUUCUGUGUAAGUCUUGCCGUCUUGUCCACAUUUUAAUGUGUUCUACAGCACGUUAUCAGCUUUGUUGUUAUUCUAGUCAUGUUCCAUUUGUAUAUAUAUUUUCAUUCUCAUGAUUUCAGUGAUGUAAGUUUUUUUUUUAAUUUUUAAAAAUCAAUAUUUUAUUUGAUAUAAUAAUGACGUACCCACCAUGCAUUAUAUGCCCAUAUAUAACUCAUAUUUUUAAAGCAUAUCCUUGAAAACAGUCCCAAUUUGGUUUGAAGAUCUCAUACUUUUCAACUGUCUCUCCUGCUGAAUUGUUCUGUGAAGGGUAAAUUAUAUUGAAACUUUGUUACAUGUACACAGUCCACCUAGUUAUACUCCCACAAACGAAGUUUGAGGGGGUAUUUAGGAGUGAGCUUGUCGGUCUGUCGGUAGGUUGGUCGGUCGGUCGGUCUGUGGGUUUUCAUGGUUUCCGGACGAUAACUCAUGAAAGGCUAGACAGAUUUGAAAAAAUUUUGGUACACAGGUGUAACAUUAGAAGAUACAGUUCGAUAUUGGGGCUGGUGGGGCCAAGGUCAAGGUCACUGUUACUAAAAAUAGAAAAAUGGUUUCCGGAUGAUAACUCAUGAAAGGCUUGACAGAUUUGAACAAUUUUUGGUACACAGGUGUAACAUCAGAAGAUACAGGUCAAGUUCGAUAUUGGGGCUGGUGGGGCCAAGGUCAAGGUCAUUGUUACUAAAAAUAGAAAAACGGUUUCCGGACGAUAACUCAUGAAAGGCUAGACAGAUUUGAACAUUUUUUGGUACACAGGUGUAACAUCAGAAGAUACAGGUCAAGUUCGUUAUUGGGGCUGGUGGGGCCAAGGUCAAGGUCACUGUUACUAUAAAUAGAAAAACGGUUUGCGGACGAUAACUCAUGAAAGGCUUGACAGAUUUGAACAAUUUUUGGUACACAGGUGUAACAUCAGAAGAUACAGGUCAAGUUCGAUAUUGGGGCUGGUGGGGCCAAGGUCAAGGUUACUGUUACUAAAAAUAGAAAAACGGUUACCUGAUGAUAACUCAUGAAAGGCUAGACAGAUUUGAACAUUUUUUUGGUACACAGGGGUAACAUCAGAAGAUACAGGUCAAGUUCGAUAUUGGGGCUGGUGGGGCCAAGGUCAAGGUCAUUGUUACUAAAAAUAGAAAAACGGUUUCCGGAUGAUAACUCAUGAAAGGCUAGACAGAUUUGAACAUUUUUUGGUACACAGGUGUAACAUCAGAAGAUACAGGUCAAGUUCGUUAUUGGGGCUGGUGGGGCCAAGGUCAAGGUCACUGUUACUAUAAAUAGAAAAACGGUUUCCGGACGAUAACUCAUGAAAGGCUUGACAGAUUUGAACAAUUUUUGGUACACAGGUGUAACAUCAGAAGAUACAGGUCAAGAUCGAUAUUGGGGCUGGUGGGGCCAAGGUCAAGGUCAUUGUUACUAAAAAUAGAAAAACGGUUUCCGGACGAUAACUCAUGAAAGGCUUGACAGAUUUGAACAAUUUUUGGUACACAGGUGUAACAUCAGAAGAUACAGGUCAAGUUCGAUAUAAGGGCUGGUGGGGCCAAGGUCAAGGUCACUGUUACUAAAAAAAUAAAAACGGUUUCCGGACGAUAACUCAUGAAAAGCUAGUUUUUCUUGUCAGCAGUGUAACUUCUAAUUACUCAACAGAUUUAAAUAAAACAAUACAUGCAUGAUAAAAGAAGAUGCAGUGUGCAGUAACCUUGGAGUUAUGGCCUCUUUUCAAAGGAAUGGUUUGCCAUUCCUGUGUCCAGGCGGCAUUUGGGGGUAUCAUCACUCCUGUGACAGCUCUAGUUUUCACUGUGUUACAUGUACGCGGUCCACAUAGUUUUCCCUGUGUUACAUGUACACAGUCCACCUAGUUUUCACUGUGUUGCAUGUACGCAGUCCACCUAGUUUUCACUGUGUUACAUGUACACAGUCCACCUAGUUUUCACUGUGUUACAUGUACACAGUCCACCUAGUUUUCACUGUGUUACAUGUACACAGUCCACCUAGUUUUCACUGUGUUACAUGUACACAGUCCACCUAGUUUUCACUGUGUUACAUGUACACAGUCCACCUAGUUUUCACUGUGUUACAUGUACACAGUCCACCUAGUUUUCACUGUGUUACAUGUACACAGUCCACCUAGUUUUCACUGUGUUACAUGUACACAGUCCACCUAGUUUUCACUGUGUUACAUGUACACAGUCCACCUAGUUUUUCCUGUGUUACAUGUACACAGUCCACCUAGUUUUCACUGUCUUACAUGUACACCUAGUUUUCACUGUGUUGCAUGUACACAGUCCGAUUAGUUUUCACUGUGUUACUUGUACAGAGUCCACCUAGUUUUCACUGUGUUACAUGUACACAGUCCACCUAGUUUUCACUGUGUUGCAUGUACGCGGUCCACCUAGUUUUCACUGUGUUGGAUGUACGCGGUCCACAUAGCUUUCCCUGUGUUGCAUGUACACAGUCCACCUAGUUUUCACUGUGUUGGAUGUACGCGGUCCACAUAGCUUUCCCUGUGUUACAUGUACACAAUCCACCUAGUUUUCACUGUGUUACAUGUACACAGUCCACCUAGUUUUCACUGUGUUACAUGUACACAGUCCACCUAGUUUUUCCUGUGUUACAUGUACACAAUCCACCUAGUUUUCACUGUCUUACAUGUACACAAUCCACCUAUUUUUCACUGUGUUGCAUGUACGCGGUCCACCUAGUUUUCACUGUGUUACAUGUACACAGUCGGAUUAGUUUUCACUGUGUUACUUGUACGGAGUCCACCUAGUUUUGUACGCAGUCCACCUACAUAUUAUUUGUCAGAUUAUUGUUCAGUUGUAGAUGUGUUUAUGUAUAUUUUGUAUUAAUAUAUUUUCUUGCCAGUUACCAUGUAAUUUUUAGCAUUUUUUUUUUUUUCAAAGUUGAUGCAUUGUCAUAGCCUCGGGGCUGUUGUUGUCUGAUGCAAAACCACAACUCAUAAAACGUUGAAGAUAUUCAAAUGAAAUAUGCUCAUGUGUAGCAAAGACAACAACUCUUGACUUGAAGAAAAACAACAGAAGAGCAUCGCAGCACUCUUGUUAAAACUAUUGAAAUUGAUUGCUUUAAAUAUAUAACUAAUAACACCAUUUAAGUUGACAACUGAAGAAUUACAAAUCAUGACCUACUCUGACUAGGUUGUAUUGCAAGCCCAGGGCUUAAUUCAGUAUUUAUCUUCAUGGUUUAAUUGGCUUUAUUUGAUUAUUUUUUUUAAAAAGAUAAAAUUCUAAUAUUUAAGGUACAUGUUCUUUAAGAUUUGUUGCUGAAAUAGAAAACACUACAUAACUUAUUAAUUAGAUAGUUUUCAGCUGUUUCAUUUAAUUUCAUAUGUUAUAAGACUUUAGAUAAAAAAGAUUCCCAAAUAAAUAUUGAAUUCAACCACAUAAGUCAAUAUACUUAUGCAUUUUUUUACAAAUUUUAUCAGAUUUUUUUUUAAUUAUUAUCAAAACAUUGAUAAAAACUACACAUAUCAGUUACAGUAUGACAUUAAAUUCUCGAACUGAUCUGGGGUUUUGGCAAAAGAAAAAUUCAAUUAUAAAAUUUGUGUUGUGAAUAUUUUUGUUUAUAAAUUUGCUCAAUAAUUGUUGUAUACCAAUUUUUAAAUCCAUGUUAUUCAGUAUUGAGAAUUUCUCAGUGUCUUAACAUUUUAAAUGAUCCGUAAAAUCCUGUUAUAGGCCAAAAUACAUAAGAAACAUGCUCAUGAUAGUCUGUUAUUGUUUAAUAAAAUAUGCAUGUAGAUUGUUAAUGUUAAUAUGACCAUGUUUGUCAAAUCAGAUCAUUUGUGGUCUUCUUGGCUUCAGUGCUUAUUUUCAAUCAAAGUUUUACCCUUGCAAUGAUGUAACAUUAAGUUAUUUAAUGUCAACGUCAGCACACUUGCCCUAUUGUGAAAAGAAAAAUGUGUCCAAAAAUUGUUUAUCAAGUAAAUUUUCUUACCACCUCUCACACUCCACUUGAAUGAGAGACCAUGACGAUAAUUUUCCACUUACAUUUCCCCCAUCCAGUGUAACAUAAAGAUAAUAUUCCAUGCACAUCUCCCCAUUUCUGUUUUAAAAAAUAUUGGUGCUGUUGAAUUUGAAUGCUGAAGUGAUUUGUAUCACAUCACUAUUUAUUUAUGUGUUUUAGGAAAAUGUUAUUACAUACUAAAUUGAAUAUUAAGUGUAAACAAAAUGUUUGACCUUUACAUUUAUAUGUUAUAUGUACAAUUUCAAAAUGAUACACUUAUAACAAGACAUUUUUAAGCCGAUUUAUUCCCGUUUUAUAUUGUUGAAUUGAUAAUCAUACAGCGCAUAUUUUACACAUGUUUUACUUUGUAUUUGACCAUUUCAUUUGUUUUGUUCAUGAUGACAACUUGUUUUAUUGUACAUAUAUGAAAGCAUCUUUCUUUUGUUUCUAUCACUUGAUGUUUUAACUGUGUAUGGUAUUUUGAAUGAUGGCAUGUUUAUAACAAGUAGCAUUGGUAUAAGCACAAAUAGAGCAAAAUCUGUUGUAGUUUAUAAAUCUUGCAAAUCAUGUUUAGUCGAACAUUCAAGAUGACAUAAACGAAAUAAAGGCAGUAAAAUUCAUCAGACAAUCAAACAGAAUAUAUGAAUUACGCUUAAAAUUCUCCAAAUACCGUGCUCUUGUUAAAAAAAAUAUACAUGUUUGUGAAUGUAUGUGUGUUUCAUGUUUCAUGGGCUUAGUGCAUAAUGAUUGUAACUUAAUAUAGCAAUAGAUUGUGUUACAACAGUAUUGCGAUAAGCCCUGGAUUUGUUACCCUACAUGUUGUUUCUGUUCAAAAAAUAUUUUCUUAAUCUUUCAUUUUGUUCCAUGAUUACAUGCGGAGAAUUGUAAUUGAUCAGCCGCAAUCAAUGUGUUGACCAAUCAACAGAUCCUAUUUUGUAAGUAUAAAAACUCCUGGUCCAAUUUAGUAGUCUCCUAUUAUUUUCCUUUUCCAUAUCCAACAGUGAAAAAACGGCACCCCUUAUCGAAAAAUCCACAUCGCCCUUCAUUUAUUUUUUUAUCCUCUAUCAUGCCAGUGUUGAGUGCUGCCUUAUACAUACAGCAUUUUAUUAGAAUUUAUUUGAAUUUUUACUAAAUUAAUUUAAUUUAUAUUUGUCGGGAGCAUACUGUAUCAUAAAUAAGACUGAUUUCAAAAGAAAUGCUUAGUGCAAUUUCUUCAGUUAAAAUCCAGUGUCCAUUAAAAUAUGAAAUUAACCAAAGGAGGCAUAUAAUAAAAGGAAUAUUGAAAUAGAGAGCAUUUUGGACGAGCUGUUUCUGGUAUGAUGUAUUAACAUGCAUGGAUAAGUGUUUACAAACUCCAAGUGUUGCAGAGAACUAUCCUAUCAUGUAAAAGCUUGCCAUUUUUAUCUCAACAUUUUUUUUUUGUCUGAGCAUUCAUUAUGCUGAUACUGGUCAAUUCAUUGCUCAGAUUGUAGGCGACUGGUACGGGUAUAGUGCCAUAAGAAACAUUUCUUUACAUUGGUACUUAUUUUGAAGGUCAUUUUACGCUCCAAGUGUUUUGUCUUGAACAGGUCUCAUUUAAACAUUGAUUGUGAUGCAAAAGGGACGGUGUGUUUGUAGUUGUGUAGUCAUAUUUUACAGGGUAUGGGGAAUUUAUUGUGGACGUAUACUGUUAGCAUAUUGAUUUGUGUUGAGGUAUCAGAUGAACACAUAAGCUGGAAAUUUCAUGUCCAUUAGCAAGUAUGUUGAAUUUUGAUGUCUUGUGACUCCAUGUUAUUUUGGUUUCAACUGGAAGUUAUCACUUACUAGAACUAGUACAAAGAAUAAAUGACUUAAAUAACAUUACAGUUAUGGCAGACAACAUUUUUGUUCAACUGAAAAAUGGGAAGUGUAAUGGCGGAUUUUGCAGUCUUUCAAGAUCAAAAAAGUAUGUGUAAUAUUGUUUUGGUCAUGAUCUUUCUGCUAUUCAUUCUCAACACAUUAAACCCUUUAAAAUGAUACCCAAGAUGCAUUGAUUCACCAGGCAUAUAAAAAUUCAAAUACUUGUACUGCAGAUAUCUUAACAUGACUGUUUGUACUUCUGAACUAGAACAGUAGUUAAUUUAUGUAGAAGUUUGAAAUGUGAUAAAAUAGCCUCUAUGGUGGUGGAAAAACUGAUUUGGCUAGAAAUAUCUAUUUGUUGUUCUUGAUAAGAAACCUUUGACUUAUAUAAUAUUAAUUUACAUGUAUAUGUGUUAUAUGGAUACGGCACUUGACACCAGUUUUAGCUGGAAAUAAACAAAAGUAUUA